GUUGUUUUCCAGGUUCGCGGAGCUUUAUUUGCGUUCUGGGGAGGUCCAGAACGCAAAUAACGAGACGAGAUGGAGGGAGAUCUCGGUUCAUUUGAUCCCAGCAUACCCAAUGAGGGCCCUUCGCCUUCUGGACAGCUGGGGGACAUGGAUGGAUACCAGGAUCAAGAAGGAGGAGAUUCAUUUGAUCCAAAUAUACCUGAAGAGGGACCAUCAGCGCCCCCUCCUGGAUGGCUGGAGGACAUCGAUGGAUACCAAGGGCAUAAAGGAGGUCCAGAGGAUGAUGAACCGCUGUACCCUCCGCCCCCCGCCUACAACCCCCAGCCUGAGGUCAACAGAAGCACCUCAGUCCCCACCAUCCGAGUCCCAUCCAUAUCGGAGGACGUGGCCCGAGACGCUUUGCUCAAGUUUGUCGAGUCCAAAUGGAAGUACAGCUCCAAACCGGCCCGGAACCUCACUUUCAAGGACCUGAAGCCCGUCACCGUCUACCGGUAUCGACUGGAGACCUACACUGAGACCAGAACCAGCGCCUGGCAGUUGGAGCCCUACAACGGCCAGGCGGUGGACGGCCCCCAGUACGGGGCGAGCCCCCCACCGUGGGACAUCCCGGUGUCGCCGCCGCAGAUGUACUCCAACAGGGUGGAGAAGAUCCGGGUGCCGCACUCGUCCUUCGUGAAGGUGUGCCAUAAAUGCCACGGCUGUGGGAGGACGCGCUGCGCCAGCUGCUUCGGCCGAGGAAUGAAACGAUGCAGCUUCUGCCAUGGUAACGGGCGGGCCAGAAAAAAACGCUGCACUUCCUGUCACGGACGAGGCCGCCGCAGGUGUGUCAGUUGCCGUGGAGACGGCUUCAAGAUCUGCUCCGUUUGCCACGGUGCCCAGAAUCUGCUGCACUUCAUCCAGCUCACGGUCACAUGGAGAAACAACGUGAGCUGCUUCAUCCCGGAUCGCCAGCCGGACUUCCCAGACAGGAAGUUUGAGAAGGUGUCAGGCGACCCGUUCUUCAUCGACGAGAACGUUCUGGUGUAUCCAAUCCAUGGCUUCCCUGAUCAGGAGAUCUGCGACGUUUCAGCCACACUGAUCAACGAUCACCUGUAUCGCUUCACCUCCACCAGCCGCAUCCUCCAGCAGCGUCAGACCAUCGAGCUGGUGCCCCUCACUCACGCCUUUUACUCGUACGGCGGGAAGGACUACAACUUCUACGUGUACGGGACGGAGAACAAGGUCUUCACCUCCAAGUAUCCCACCGCCUGCAGCAUUUUAUGAGCUCAGCAUGCAGGAAACGCACACCGAUAUACCCAGAUCACUGUUGACCUCUGACCCCAUGCUGUACAUAUACAUUCUUAUCUGUGAUUAGAAGAGUUAUGGACUGCGUUAGACAUGCUGCCAUCAUCGAGCUUUAAGGUCGAAUUAGAAAAUGAAAAACCUUCAUUGGUUCUUUGAGACACAUCCAGCUGUUCAGGAUAAAACUUUGUGCCGAAAUGAUUUUUAAAAAUCAAUCUAAUAGUUUGGUUGUUUGCAACGACAUGAAUAUUUCCACUAACAUCUUCAGAUAAAUCUGAGUAGAACCAGAGGAAGAAGGUUCUUCAGAUUCCAGAGGACAGUGUCUCAGUGACCCCCCCUGCUGGAACUCUGCGGUAUCACCAACAGAUUAAAACAGAUCAUUUAUCACAUUAAAGCUGAGAUUUAAAAAAAAGUUUAUUCUUCCGCAACAUUUUUGAAAUUUAUUAUUUAAAUCAGUUUGAAAUUAACUAAAAGGCCGUCACUUUUACUAAAAAAUCUCAUUUAUAAUUUAUCAAUGAAAAUUUUUGUGUGAUCAAUGAUUUUAGAAAAUAGUGAAGAGGCAAAACUGUUUUUGAGAUUUCUUCCUGACUGUGGUGAAAUCUAAACUCCUUUAUAUUAGCAAGAGAGCCAGAAUCUGUUGGUUUGAUUUAAAGCAGGGCUUUGACUAGGACAGUCAAAUGAAAUAAAUGCUGAUCCAUGAUCUGUCCAUUUUCAGAACUUUCAGUUUCAGUUUUAUUUUCCUUAGUUUUUCUUUUACGUCCUGAUUAAUGGGAAAACUACAGUCAGUCCUGUUCAUACUAGAUGCUGUAAAACAACGUUAGCAUUUUUGUAGCGUUCAGAUUCAUUAUUUCUGCAGCUGAUUUGUUACUCAGGGUUUAUUACGCCUUUAUUUGAGAUGUUAUGAAACACUAAUUGAUACAGAACCAGCAAACAUCCAUAGGGACUGAUUGAUCUGUUUGAAUAUUUUAAUGUUGUUUAGUUCCUGAUCUGAAGUAAGUAAUUAAACACAUGAAGUUUAGCAUUUUGCAGUUUUCUGACGGUUUACAGCAUUUUUGUUUGUUUCUCUCAGAACUUUUCAUCCGCUCAACUUUACAUUCAUGCUUUGAUUUUCAUGGGUCGGUUUGGAUCAGAUGGAGUGAAAAACGGUUCAAAUGCUUUAUUAAAAUCCCAAAUCUAUGCCAACCUUAAUGUCUGUGAUGAUACAGUUUGUGCCAUGAUGAACUUCUAACACUGAAAGCUUCUCAGUUCAAACUUUUCUCUUGUUUUUCAUUUUAUUUUGCACCUUUAUCCGGUCCAUCCUCUCUAUCUUAUCCAAAAGAAAUAUUUUUCCUGCUUUAAACUUGCUGCUGUUUCAUUGAACAGGUGACUGAGAAAAAAUACGCUUUAGUGGAACCAGUCCACUGCCUCUGACUGUAAAUAAAAUGUUUAUUAA